UAUACUCUCUCUCUCUCUCUCCCACACAAUGAAGAUAGGUGUAUCCCUUUCUGAAGGACUCAUGGGCCUUAUCGUUCUAGUUGUGCUGCUACUUCAUCAAACUUGCAGUGCUAAGGAUACAAAUCGGGACUGUGUUCCUUCUUCUUGCGGCAAUAUCCUCAACAUAGGCUCUCCAUUUCGAUUGGAAGGCGAUCCUCCAAACUGCGGGUACUAUAACCUGUCAUGUCAGGAAAAUCAAACCGUGUUACACUUAUUUGCCGGAGAAUACAAUGUACAGGAAAUCAAUUACAUUUCCCAAACAAUCCGGGUUGUAGACUCAGGUAUUCAGAAGGAUAAUUACUCCUCCAUCCCUCGUCAUUUUCUAUGCUACAAUAAUUUCAGUACUCCAUUUGGGACUGAUCUUACAUAUUUCAGUCCCUACUUCUUGAACGCCGUAGUUUUGUUGAACUGUGAAAAGCGAGUGGAUUCCCCAUGGUAUCUGAACAAAUCUAGUUGCUUUGGCAAUAGAGCGUAUGCUUCCAACUCAUCCUCAUCCCAGCCUGAGGCUGGGUUUAGAUAUGUGAUAUAUAACCACACGGACCUAAGGGAUGUGGAGGACUUGUGCCAAGUAGAGCAAAUAUUUUGGACAUCGUGGCGUGGCCUGAUCAAUCUACGAAAUGACCCAAGUAGUAUUUCCUGCGAAGACUUUCACAACCUAUUGCUAUACGGUUUUGAGCUUUCUUGGCUAACCCCGUCUACAGAUUAUGGAAAGUGCGGCAUCUUCGAGUUUAGCGAACAACGUCGUUAUUACUGCAAAACACGUGCGGGAAUUCUUGGACUGCCAUUUCGGGUAUACAAAGGACUCCUUGAGCUACCACUAUAUUUGUUUGGUGGUAGUGGAGUAAGGCAGACAACCAUCGGAAGGCAUAUCGGUGAUUUUAUCUACAACUACUAUUUCAAGUACGGUUGGAAUGAGACAGGUCUUCAGGAAGUCAUAGUAUUCGUGAAAAGUUUAAUCUUAGAUUUCGGACUAUACCAUGGAGCAAUAACUAUGUUGGGGGUCCCAUUUGUACUUGCAUUCUUGAUAUAUAAAUGGCGCAGGAGACAUUUAUCGGCGUUUGACAUCAUUGAAGAAUUUUUACAAAACAACAAUAAUCUCAUACCAAUAAGGUAUUCGUACUCAGAAAUUAGGAAUAUGACCAAGAAGUUUAAGGAUAAACUAGGUGAAGGAGGCUAUGGCACUGUCUUUAAGGGAACACUUCGAAGUGGCCGUCUUGUAGCUAUAAAGAUGUUAGGUAAGUCCAAAGCUAACGGACAAGAAUUUAUCAGUGAAGUUGCAACAAUUGGAAGGAUUCAUCAUAUUAAUGUAGUGCAACUAAUUGGCUUUUGUGUUGAGGGAUCAAAACGUGCUCUUAUAUAUGAGUUCAUGCCCAAUGGAUCUCUAAAUAAAUACAUUUUUUCACAAGAAGGAAGUCUUCUUCUAAACUAUGAGAAAAUGCAUGAUAUUGCUUUGGGAGUAGCUCGUGGUAUUGAGUAUUUGCAUCGAGGAUGUGAAAUGCAGAUUCUUCAUUUUGAUAUCAAGCCUCACAAUAUUCUCCUUGAUGAAGACUUUACUCCUAAGGUUUCUGACUUUGGUCUGGCAAAACUGUAUCCUAUGGAUAACAACACUGUUUCUUUAACUGCUGUAAGGGGGACAUUAGGAUACAUGGCCCCUGAGUUGUGCUACAAAAAUAUUGGAAGCAUCUCUUACAAAGCCGAUGUUUAUAGUUUUGGAAUGUUAUUGAUGGACAUGAUGGGUAAGCGAAGGAACUUGAAUGCAUUUGGAGACCAGUCUAGUAAAUACUUUCCCAGUUGUGUCUAUGAGGAAGUGCAAGAUAAAAAUAGCAUAACCAUAGAAAAUGGAAUGGAAGAGGAAAAGAAAAUAGCCAAGCAGAUGAUUGUAGUUGCGUUAUGGUGUAUACAGAUGAAACCUAACUAUCGUCCUUCAAUGAAUAAAGUUGUAGAAAUGCUUGAAGGAAGCAUUGAAAAUUUACAAAUACCUCCCAAGCCUUUUCUAUCAUCACUGGAGAGGGAACCAGAGGAUAUUGAAGACAAUUCAAAUCUUACUUUCCCAUCAAUUCAAUCAAGUCAAUAUACUCAAUCGUCGAUCCGAAGUAAUUGAUAUAUUGAUUGUUGGUUUUACAUAAGGAAGCUAGUAGCCCUAACCAAUAAGGAAAUCAUGUAAUAUUUGACAGUUCAAAAAUGCUUCAUAUUAUUAUGUAAGAAAUUCGUGUUCCUUUUUUUGUGAUUGCUUUCCUUAUUCCCAUUAUCUUUUAUUAAGAAAUUUUGUUUGCUCA